AAGAAAAAGACCCAUACAAGAAAAAGACGACUGCUCUUGUGUAGUUGUAUGUGUGAAGGUGCCCAUAUAGAACAUGACAAAGAGAAACCUAGGUUGAAAGUGUUUCACAUAGUUAUACUUCUAGUUUCUUUUCCUCUUGGAUGCCCCAAAAGCAACCGUUGGCCUUCAUAUGUUUCCUGUCAAUCAUUGGAUUCAUAGUCAUCAAACAAGAAAAAAGAUGUAAAAUACCUCUUAAUCCUACCCCACUCCUAGUUAUCAACGUACUGCUCUAAUGCUUUCAGGUUUUAAAUAGUAGCCAUCUGCUGGCCUAAAAAUAACAAGCUUUUAUAUAAUUGAAAGGAUUUGAGCUCAGUAUAGAAAACGAAUGGAGAUUGAAAUCAUUUCCAGGGACAGUGUCAAACCGUCUUCCCCAACCCCAUGUCACUUGAGAACCUACAAGCUUUCCCUUCUGGAUCAGCUUAUGCCUUCUACACAUGUUCCAGUCAUCUUUUUCUAUAGGCCCAUUGAUCAAUCUGAAAUUUCUGCAAGAUUACAACGGUUGAAGCAGUCUCUGUCUGAGGCCUUAACUUUCUUUUACCUAUUUGCCGGAAAGUUCAAGAAUGAACUCUACAUAGAUUGCAACGACGAUGGCGUUUCUUACACCGAGGCCAAGGUCGGUUGUUGUCUCUCAGACAUUCUUGGACAUCCUGAGAGCGAAAAGAUAUCUAAGUUACUUCCUGGAGAUUUCUACUUGGAAUCAUCAGGUAAUUCAGGAAUUGGAAUUCCUGUGGCAAUGAUUCAAGUUAAUGUUUUAAACUGCGGUGGCAUUGUCAUUGGAACUAAAACUUCACACAAGAUCAUCGAUGGUCCAACAUCAACUGCCUUUCUCAAAGCAUGGGCAACCAUAGCUCGUGGAUCAAGUGAAGUAGUUGUGAAACCUAGUUUCACUGCCCCUUCUAUAUUCCCACAAAACAUCUCGCUGCCUGAAGAUACAAUGUUGGCUAUAUGGCCUUCCUUGAUAAAAUUUGGCAAGGGUGUCAUGAAAAGAUUUGUGUUUGAUGCUUCAGCUGUAGCCACUCUCAAGGCACGAGCAGCUAGCUCCACAUUUGUGCAGCACCCAACUCGAGUGGAGGCUGUUUCAGCCUUCAUCUGGCAGUGCACAAUUCUUGCUUCUAAAGCAAGACAUGGUUCCCAGAGACCUUCUGUUCUGUCCCAUAUUGUGAACUUGAGGGGAAAAAAGUCCACCCACUUGCCUGAAUAUUCAGUUGGCAAUCUUCUCUGGAUGUCAAUUGCAAAAUGCAGUGCAGAGGCUGAGAGAGAAUUGCCUCUUUUGGUGGGUGUCCUAAGGGAAUCCAUAUUGCAAAUUGAUGGUAAUUUUGUCCAAAAAUUAAGUGGUGAAGAAGGGUUUUCUAAAGUUUGCGAGUGUCUACGAGAGUUUGGUGAAGUGUAUUCUAAUGCAGGAACUGAUUACUUAACAUGUAGCAGUUUAUGCAAGGUUGGGAUCUACGAAACUGAUUUUGGGUGGGGAAAGCCUAUUUGGGUGAGUCCUGGUGGGAUAAAUGGACCAGUGUUUCAAAAUCUAUUGUUUUUGAAUGAAACAAGUGCUGGUGAUGGAAUUGAAGCAUGGGUGACCUUGGAUGAACGAGAAAUGGUCAUUUUGGAACGUGAGACACAGAUCCUAGAAUUUGCUUCUUUGGACCCAAGUCCCCUUCAAUUAUGUAAGUACUAGCCUGUUCUUGUUCGAUCUACUUUAGUCCUGAAUUUGGUUCGCCUUUCCUCCAAGAAUAUUUCUUUUGAAACAUUUCCCCCGAGACAGAUCCUAGAACAUAGAUGUUCAUAUAAUUCCCAUUUUUGUGUAAACUCUAAUCAAUCCAAAGAAUUGGAAAAGCUAAAAAGGAAUUUGACUUGGGGAUUGACUUGCUAUUGAGUUCCCGAAGAGAAGAGAAUUUGUUUCUGUCGCAUUCAAGAGCAUAUCUCCUCUCCCACACACUUUCAGACACAGUAAAAUUCAAGCAAGGAUGAGAAUUUCGAACUAAUAAGUUUUA